AUGAGUGACUAAUAGCGAUAGUGAUAAGCGCCGCAAUUUUACCUCAUCGUUAAAAAAUUUUCUGUUUAAUAGAAGCAAAAAAAAAGUGUUGCGAAAACUUGGCUUAUAAUGUUAAUUAAAUGCACAAAAGUUUAAACGAGCUAUGAAUGGAAUUGCCGAGUUGCCACGCGAAGAGCUAACGAAUGGCAGCUGAUGGCUGGUUGGUUGACUAGCUAGCCUGUGCAUGAAUGAACCAGGAAUGCAAUGAAUAUCGACUAGUUUCUCUGGCUGGCUGUUCUAAAAGUACCCGAUCACAAAGGCAUGAAGACCUAAAUUUAAAGCCGAUAAUUAAAUUAGAGAAGAGAGCAGAAUCAUAGAGAACUUUUGAACGACUAAAACGCAAGCGGUGGUAGGGGAACACGUGCGUCGCAACAAAUACCGCUACCGCUACUACUGUCUGCUGCUGUUGGUGUGGUUUGCGCGAGAAGGGUGACCCCCUUUGCUUAUUGGAAUUGACUUGGACAUGAUUUUCGAUUGAUUUGAAAAUAAUAAAAAAUACGAGAAGCAAAGAAACUGAGAAGAAGAAUUAGCUACUGAAGAGCAAUUAAGCUGCUGCAUGAAAAAAGCUAAGUGAAAUGAAAACAAAUACAACUACUUUUGUAUGUUAAAAGCAAAAUGUAGUGCCUUUGGAGUGUAAAACUGCUGUGGAUAAUUUUUUUUUGUAACGUUAAUGUAGCAACAUACUCUUACGACAUAAAUAUUUAGYUAUAAUUUAUAUACAUUAAAUAAGCAUAACAAUGUCGUUCAUAAAUAAUCUUAAGAAAGUAUUCCACCUUGGUGGUGGUGAGGCGAAAAAGAAACGCCUUUAUAAUAACAUCAAAAUGGACACAGAUCCGGCGGAGUUUUGGGAAAUGGUAGGCGAGUUGGGUGAUGGAGCUUUUGGCAAGGUAUAUAAGGCGCAACACAAGGAACAAAAACGCUUUGCUGCCGCUAAAUUGUGCACAUUAGAAGAUGAAGAGAAUCUAAGUGAUCACAUGGUUGAAAUAGAUAUUUUGUCAGAGAUAAAGCAUCCAAAUAUUGUGGAGUUAUAUGAAGCGUUCUCAAUAGAGGACAAGCUGUGGAUGUUAAUCGAGUAUUGCGAUGGCGGUGCACUUGACAGCAUAAUGGUGGAAUUAGAGAAACCACUCACGGAACCACAAAUAGCCUACGUUUGCCGGCACAUGACUGAAGGUUUAAAUUUUCUACACAAUAAUAAAGUAAUCCAUCGAGAUUUAAAAGCUGGGAAUGUAUUACUAACCAUGGAAGGCGGUGUCAAAUUAGCUGAUUUUGGCGUUUCGGCUAAGAAUAAACAUACUUUACAAAAGCACGACACUUUCAUAGGCACACCUUAUUGGAUGGCGCCAGAGCUAGUGCUGUGCGAAACAUUUCGGGAUAAUCCUUACGACUUAAAAGUGGAUAUCUGGUCACUUGGCAUAACAUUAAUCGAGUUAGCGCAAAUGGAACCACCAAAUAGUGAAAUGUCGCCRAUGCGUGUUUUAUUAAAAAUACAAAAAAGCGAUCCUCCAACACUGGAUCAGCCAUCAAAGUGGAGUAAGGAAUUCGUUGACUUUCUAAAGAAAGCUUUGGUCAAAGAUCCACAACAACGUCCACCCACAGAUAUUUUAUUACAACAUAAAUUCAUUAAUUGUGAACUAGACGCUAAACCCAUAAAAGACUUAUUAUUAGAAUAUAAAGCUGAAGUUGUUGAAGAAGUUGUCGAUGAUGAUGCUGAGGUACCCCAACAUCAGUAUCUAUGGACUCUAAAGAACCAAAUCAAACAAAUAGUAUACCACAAAGUAAACUAUCACAACAACAAGGCGGAGCUGCAGAGWAUGCUUCACCUGUUUUGCAAAAAACUCUUGAAAAUAAUAUAACACCAUCUUCUAAGGGGGCCAAAGAGGAUGAACCAAUAUUUAGCGUUAAUAAUGCGCCCAAAGAUAAUGACACGAGUAAUAAGACGCUUUCAACAGYUGGAGUGGUCAGUAAGCAAGCAGUUGCUACCAACGCUGCCAACGAAGCUGCUGAUAGUCUUCCUGAGAGAGGCGUUGACGCCGAUAGGAAGAUCACCAAAAAGGAGAAGGGUAAAGCGCCACCACCACCGUCUACUGCUGCUGUAAUCACCAAGSCGACCGAAGCACCGAUACCCGCAGCGGCUACUGCUACUGCACGCGCUGAGCCGGAGAAACGCAGCAACGAAGAACGUACACCAGCACCGCUAGCGCCCAUGACGGUGCCCAUCGAGCUGACCAAAAAUGUGGAAAUCGAUGUACAAACAACGCUUGCCGCACAAGCUGUACAAGAGCAAGCGCAAGUGCCAGCACCACCAUCGCCGACCACAUCUUCGGCAGCGGUUUCGGUGAAUUCCGCUUCGUCGUCGUCGGUAAAGAGUGGUGCUACGCUCAGCUCCAGCACUUCGCUUAUCACCAUAAAUAGCGAGGCUUCGCCAACCAGCACGCCAACUCGUGCAUUCAACAAUCAGGCACAACAACAACAGCAACAACAAAAUAUAGUUCAUCCCAAUAGCUUGGAAGCUGGCGUCAGUCAGAUAAGAGUUGUKACCAGCACGCAUCCACCGGUCAUAAUUGACAAUUCAGUGCCGGCUGCCGCAUCGGCUGCAGUGCCGCAAAGUGAAGUGAUCAUUGUUUCGAAUGAUUUGAAUAAGAGCACACAUGUGCCGGAAUCUUCAACUGAUGAUGAUUUCACUUCGUUCGAUGACAGUCUGGGCGAUUCACCGGUUUCACCCCGUCAGUCAUCGAUGAUAGUGGCCGUUUGCGAGGAGAACACCGAGGAGACGGACAAGGCUGAUAUGAACGCCGAUAGUAAUCAGUCCAUACACGGUAAAGGUUCGCGUGCGCGCAAAUUAGACGAAAGUGAGGUGCUAAUAGUUAGCCCAUCGUAUGUGGAUGAUGAUUCUGCGUACAAUACAGCCACCGGCAGUCACGAACACAGCGAACAUCUAAUGGACACUAGUCACGUGUCUGUUGUGACUGUUGGCGAUGAGAUYAAGGUCAAGGAUAGUAGUCAUCUAAAUACCGAUCAAUAUGAUACGACACUCARCAACGACAACAACAAUCUGAAUAAUCAACGACCAUUCAUAAAGAAUCACAAUAACAACAACCACCAAAACGGCCAAAUUAUCGCAGGYACAUCGACCGAAGAUGUAAAUAUUAUCAUAAAUCGUAAUACACCACAAGACAUUGGUGUCGGCAAACGACCGUCACCAGAUAAUAGCGUGGGUUCUAUGGAUUCGCGUACAUUAAGCGAUAGCGGUUCGUUGCGUUCGAGUGGCGGUGUGGUACGACGCGCUGUCGGCUUGAAUAUUGCAACGGUUGAUCAGAGUGACGUUGAGAGCAUCGGCACCACAACUAGUCAUGAUAGUCGUAAUGAGGCGGAGACACCCAUAAUGGGCACGAAGAUACCCGAAGAUGAGGAAGUUGUCAUACGACGAAAACAGGGUGCGCCGAAGAUAGCAGCUCCCACUGGGCCGACUAAAGAGGAAAUCGAAUUACGUAAUUUACGUAAGAAGACACGAAAACGUACGCGAAAAUUCGAAAUCGAUGGUGUACAGGUGACSACCACCACAAGUCGUGUUAUAUACGGUGACGAGGAGUCCGGCAGACUAUACGAUGAUCAUGUGUUCCGUAAGCAAGAGUUGCGUGAAUUGAAAAUGUUGCAAAAGCAGGAGAAGAAACAGCARAACGAUUUGCAAUUGAAGGAGCAAAUAGCGCGCGAGCAACAGGAUCGUCGUUUCGAACAGGAGCGCAUUUCGCUGGAGAAGACCUACGAAGCAGAUAUGGAUACAUUGGCACGGCAACAGAAGCAGUUGAUUGAGCGCACGGAGCAGGCACAGGAGAGUGAGUUGCGUAGCUCAUCGAAACGCAUACGUUCCGAUCAAGAACAGGAAUUGAAAAUAUUCCGUGAGAAUUUGAAACAAGAAAUCCGUUUGCUAAAACAAGAGGUUGACUUGCUGCCCAAAGAUAAACGUAAGGACGAAUUCAAGCAACGUCGUUCCGCCAUGGAGCUCGAUCAUGAGGAGAAAGAGCGCGCCUUCCUCGAUUCGCUCAAAGAACGCCAUGAAUUGCUAUUGCGACGCUUAAGCGAAAAACAUCGCGAUCAUCUUGCCACCAUCAAUCGUAAUUUCCUACAACAAAAGCAAAAUGYCAUGCGUACACGCGAAGCGUUACUUUGGGAAUUGGAAGAGAAGCAAUUACACGAACGCCAUCAACUGUCCAAGCGGCAUGUAAAGGAGUUGUGCUUCAUGCAACGCCAUCAAAUGAUUGUGCGACACGAAAAGGAAUUGGAUCAGGUGAAAGAACUCGAACAGCUGCAGAAUGAGAAACGCAAAGCCUUGGUCGAACACGAACAGGCCAAACUAACAGACAUCGAUGAGCGCCUAAAGGCUGAGUUGCGUGAAUGGAAGGAGCAAUUAGUACCUAGAAAGCAGAAGCUUAUCGACACGCUCAACGCCAUGUCUGAGCGUUUCGAGCAAAAAUAUGGUCCUAUACCCGAACGUGUGCCCUUCACCAAGCAAGAUAUUGAGGUGCCAUUGCAGCUGCGCGGCUUCUUCAAUGACGCGCCACGCACGCUACCGCGCGGCCUCUUCCUCGGCGACAAUCAAAUGUUACGUUCACGCACCUACUUUACGCUCUCUUCCGAUCCGCGUGCCAAAUUCACCGGCUCCACACCCGAUCUGAGCCGCAGCGUGCCCACCACACCGAUUUUCCGCAAAUUUGCACAACCUAAACUGCGCAGCGACAGCUUAGCGCUAGAGCGCGCGCCCAAAUUGGGUGAGCAACGCGCCACCGAAGCUAUUGUUGAGUUGCGGCAGGCGCACGGUGUGCUCACGCCACGUUUUGCAGCCRCAGCUACGGUUACGGUGGCACCAACAACGGCKACUUUAACAAYAGCAACAACUACCAGCAACGACAGUAUCGAUAUGCCAAGCGCGGCUGGCCAAUUGAAGGCAAUUAAUGUGCAGACACCUACACUCGGCGCCAGUCGGCAAGUGGACACCGAACGACCGACRCUUUCGACUUUUCGCAGCACAAUGCCGCSGCCAACAAGUCAAUAUGCYACUACAACAACAAAGUYAUCKUGUGCGCCACUGCGCGAUGCGGAUAUUGUGCAUGAACGCUUCAACAAAAGAGAUAAUGCAAGAGUUGUUGAUCCAACAACAACCCCAGCAGCAGCAACUACAGCAGCAACAACAAGCGAAACCGAAUUGCGUCAACAAGCGCAAAAUCUGCUUUACUCCUCAUCGUUUGCUAUAAAACGSCCCUCACUCUAUGGCAGCGGUCGCUCCUCGCUGGGCAGCACACAAUCGCUCUACGACAUUUACGAGGGCAGCACGCGCUUCAGCAACAACAACGAACAGACAGGGCCACUGCCACCGCCGCCGCCGUCGUCCUUAGGUUUGGCGGGCAAGCGUGCGAGCGCGCUGUUGGACAGCAUUGAGCCCUCGUUGCGCGCCUCCAUCAAGUUGAGCAGCGUGCAGGAGCUGCAGAAUUUGAAUGAUAAUGAGAUGAAAUAUACGAUACCGCGAAUUGGCACAACUGGGAGGAAAUCGAAGAAAAAUAAAGCGUUCAGUCCGUUAGAAGAGGAUUCAAUGGCUUAGAGCAACGCAACGUGUGUGUGUGUGUGUGUGCACUUAAAGCGUAGCAUACGCGCGGACAAGCAAUUAACAAUAAAAUUUGUGGUUUAUGCUAAGAGAAACGCAAAUGAAAUUCAUAACUGUAAAUCUUAAGGCCAUUUAAUACGCAAACGUAAAGAAAGUGAUUUCGAAAUUCGAAAGAAAUGAAAUGGUUUACAAGUGUUCUAUCACUCUCAACUACUUAUGUA